AUGUCGACUCUGGAGGAGGAGGAGAAUUCAACGCCAAAGAUACAUGUACAGACUCCGCCAAUGGCCCCCGCCGGCGACUGCCACCGGCGGAGUGGGUGGAGGAGGGAGGACUUGGUGAAGAGAGGGUCAUUGGGGUUGCGAGGGAUCGCCCUGCUUUUCUCUCUGAUCUCGUUCAUUGCCAUGGCUAGCAACCAGCACGGUGAUUGGAGAGAAUUUGAUAAAUAUGAAGAGUACAGGUAUUUGCUGGCUAUUGCGAUUUUGUCCUGUCUGUACACUGGAGCUCAAGUGUUCCGUCAAGUUCAUGAACUUUCUACAGGAAAACAACUGAUUCAGCCCAGAAUGGCAGCAAUGAUUGAUUUUAUUGGUGAUCAGGGUACAAUUCCGAAAAGGGUACACACUAUAGAAGCAUCUAGUGAGGGAGUCAUGAACUAA